AUAGACUAUAAAAGCUAAAGGAUGUCCUUUUAUAAAUAUAAAGACUAUAUAGAAGAAGGAGAUCUUGUGCUUGCCUUUAUAAGUAGGCAAACGAUUAAACCUUUGACUGUUAAAAAGGGUGAACAAUUGAAUACAAGAUAUGGACAUUUCCAACAUGAUAGAAUGAUUGGAAUGAAAUAUGGUGAACAAAUGGGUGGUGCAAGAGGUUAUGGAUUUAUAUAUUUACUUCAUCCUACUCCCGAAUUAUGGUCAAUUUCUUUACCUCAUAGAACUCAAAUUGUAUAUACGCCUGAUUCAUCUUAUAUUAUGCAAAGAUUAAAUGUUACAAGUGGAACAAGAGUAAUAGAAGCAGGAACUGGAUCAGGAUCAUUUACUCAUGCAUUUGCUAGAACAGUAGGACCAGAAGGAAGAGUAUUUUCCUAUGAAUUCCAUGAACCAAGAUACUUGGAAGCAAAGAAAGAAUUUGUAGAACAUGAACUUCAAAAUACUUUAAUAACACAUCGUGAUGUUUGUAAUGAUGGAUUUGAAAUUAAUAAUAUUCCAGAAGAAUUUUCUCAAGAUGGUUUAAUAAAUGGUGAUGUUAUAUUUUUAGACUUACCUGCUCCAUGGACUGCUAUUGAGCACCUUGAUAAAGUAAUUUCCAAAAAGAAUAGAGUUGGAAUUUGUUGUUUUUCACCAUGUAUAGAGCAAGUGGAUAAAACCAUAAAGGCACUUCAAGAUAAUGGAUGGAUAAAUAUUCAAAUGACAGAAAUUGCUGGUAGAAGGUGGGAAGCUAGAAAAGAUAUGGUUAAAGAUCUUAAAGAUGUUGUUAAAAGAUUAAAAGAUAUUCAAUCAAGAAAGAGUCAAGGAAUUGAAAAUAGAAGAAGUAUUAAAGUUGCUGGUGAGAAAAGAGAUUUUGAAGAAGUAGAUAAUGAUAGUGAAGAAGAUCAAUUAAAGGGUAAAGGAUUUAAUCCAUUUGGGAAAGGAACUAGAAUUAAAGAAGGUGAUGAAAUUUAUGAUUGGAGAAAUGUUACUAAAAUUGAAACAGAAAUAAAGACUCAUACAUCAUAUCUUACAUUUGCAUACUUUAUUCCAUCAGAUAACUAAUUUAAUAUAAUGUAGUUAUAUAUAGGAAAAAUAUAAUAUAAAAUAUAAAAUAUAAAAUAUAUAAAAAAUAUAUUUUAGCAUCC